AUGCUGGCGCGCAGCGCGCUCCAAAAGACAGCACCACGGGCCUUCUCGACGGCGCGGCCACUCGCCGAAGCGCCCAAGAUCCUGCUCGAAGACAAAGACAACGGGUUCGGGUUCAUCCGGCACAACCCACGGCCCGCGAAGCCGCGCACGGCGGGGGUGACGGAGAUCCGGGGCCCGUACUACAGCGCGAUGGGGCCCAACUACCUGUCGGACGUGCUCAAGACGAUGGGGCACCACGUGGACGGGCUGAAGUUUGCGGGCGGCAGCUUCAGCCUGUUCCCGGAGGCGGCGCUGCGCGAGCUGAUAGAGCUGGCGCACGCGCACGGCGUCUACGUCUCCACCGGCGGCUGGAUGGAGCACGUGCUGACGCAGAGCGACGCGGGCGCGGCCGUGGACCGCUAUCUCCAGAAGUGCAAGGACGUGGGCUUCGACGUCAUCGAGGUGAGCACGGGGUUCUUGUCGCUGCCGCAGCCCGACUGGCUGCGCUUGGUGGACCGCGUCCACCAGUUCGGCAUGAAGGCGAAGCCGGAGCUGGGCAUCCAGUUUGGCGCUGGUGGCGAUACUGAGGCAUCGGAUCUCGAGUCCAUGGGCUCCAGUGAUCCGAGCAAGGUCAUUAAUAUGGGCAAGAAGUUUAUCGAUGCCGGAGUCGAGCGCUUGAUGAUUGAGAGCGAGGGCAUCACCGAGAACGUCAAGAGCUGGCGCACCGACGUCAUUCAGGGUAUUCUCAAGGAGCUGCCCAUGGAGAAGGUCAUGUUUGAGGCUGCCGACCCCAAGGUUUUCAACUGGUACAUCCGCGAGUUCGGCGUCGACGUCAACCUCUUCGUCGACCACUCGCAGAUCGUCCAGCUCUCGUGCCUGCGCCAAGGUAUCUGGGGCAUGGCCGACACGUUCGGGAAGAUCACCACCUAUCGCCCUUCCUAA